AAGGACUCAUGGACGGCCCACUAUCACAGUGCACAAGAACCGUGAGAUUUGACAACAAGAAAUAACGGAACCUCGCACCACCACAAGCCACAGACAGAAAUACUCUGUUGAGCAUUCCUCCAGCCUCAGCCCACGUCGUGUUUUCACUCCGUGUCGCUGGUUUUUGGAGAGAAAGUUUCGAGUAUGUCGAAGUUUGUGGGACGUUAUAGGAACAACGGCAGACUCGCGUGCUGACGUCUCGGUGCUGUAAUGCGAGUGAGAAACUGAUUCUCCGUGUUUGGAUUUGACUUCUUCGGGAAAAAAAGACAAAGAUGAAAACUAAAAUGUGAGAGAAAACCACGGUGGAAAGUUGUGUCAUAACCCGCAGAUGGAGCAACCAGCAGAGCUAAAAGCCGGGACCGUUACAGUCGUCUUCUGCACCAGACGUUUGAUGAACCCGCUGCAAAGCUGCCGAUGGAAUAAAUAUUAGUGAACCCCAUCACAGUGUUUCUGCGAUUUGCUGCCGCUUAAAGGAAGAGCUGAAGUUGAUUGCCAGAUGGUUAAGUGAAGAGGGACUUGCUCCUGACUCCCCAAAGGAGGCUCAGCUGUGUCUGCUAUGGCGUGCCCUCCAGCGCACAAGAGACCGUCUGAGCAGCGUGAGCUGGGACAUGGACACCCAGCGCUCACAACACUUAGCAGAGAUGGCAGAGGUACGCAAGUCCUUGGAGCAGAUUCGAAUCUUUACAGAACACAAAGAUGUUUUGGCUCAGGAGAUACAAGAUGAAAAUGAUCAGCUCCAGGACCAGCUGCAACGCCUGAUAUCCCUUCAAGAUUCUCAGAUAAGCGAGGUGGCUAAAAUGCUGUACCAGCAAGGUCUCACAGAGUUGAUCCACAGCAGCCCCAGUGAACAGGUGGCCUACCUCCUGGUGGAGAGAGCCUCCUUACUUGAGACGAGCGAGGUCCCCGACAGCCUGACGGUUGAUGUAAACACAUCAAGCCAGGUGGGGACUGAAGCCCAAGCGCUGAACACCAGUGAACAUCAGGCUGAGGCCAGGCAUUUGGCCAGCCAGGCAAGUAGUGUGGAGAGGGAGUGUUCCCGUCUGGAGCGGGACGUGGAGGAAGGUUCCCGGCGGCUGGCCAUGGCCCACAAUGAGAUUCGACGUUUGACUGAUGAGCUGGAGUCUGCUCAUUUGACCCAAAGAGCUUAUGAGCCUGAGCUGCAGGCUGCACAGCAGGAGGUAGAACAACUCAGACAGGAAGUAGACAAACUGAAGAAAUAUGAAAUGGUAGAACUAAGAAAAACCAAAGAGCUGAACGAUCGCCUGGACCUCGAGAUCAGAGCCUUGAGGAACAGGGUACGCUUCCUGGAUGCUGAGAAAAACUCUCUACAGCAGACGGUGGUGUUUCUGAAGGAGAAGUUGGAGCAGCUGGAGAAAGCCUCACAGGAGCAGCAGGCUGAGCAGCAGCUCCUCCCUGUGCAGUCUGAAGCAGCAGAGUUGCCACAGAGCAACCAGACCUGUUUGAAUUUACAGGAGGAACUCACUGUUCAGAUGAAAUGUCUUUUGAAAAAGGAGGAAGCUGUUGUAUCUCUGCAGAAGGAGGUGGAGCGUCUCAAGUCAGCCCUGCAGGAGCAGCAGCAGUUGGCUGAGCAGGAGCUCCUGACCUUGCAGGUUCAGGCAAACCAAGCUAAUGAGUCCGCUAAAUCCCAGGCAGCUCAGUUGAUUCAGAGCAAUGAGAUCUGCAGAGAUUUGGAGAAGAAUCUUAGCGAACAGUCGAGAAGCCUUUUGGAGAAGGAAUCAGAAAUACAUUCCCUUACGCAGCAGUUGCACAAUUCUCAAGAAGAUCUGGAUAACCUUAUAUCUACAAUUUGCACCAAAGAAAACAACCUGCAGGACCAAAAGAAUAGGAAGCAAAAAGAGGUGGAUUCACAACAUUGUGAAAACACUUACUGUCUGCUAGAGGAUAAAGGGCUACAAACACAACUACAGCUGCUGCAGAACAAGGCAAAUACAGUGCCCAAGGAGUGUCCCAAUUGUCAAGAAAUGCUGCACACUGUAUUGGAAACCCAAGUCAAGUAUGAAACACUCAAGAUGGAGAUCUGUGAAACCCUGAAAAGCCUCGACAAAGAGCGGAGUAAGUACCACGAGCUGAAGGAAAAGCACAAAGCAAAACUGUGUCGAGCCAAACAGAAAUUUGAUGAUGAAACUUCGUGGCGUGAUGAGAAGAUAAAAAAUCUAGAGCGAGAACUGUCCCUGUCUUCCCAUUCAUUAGCAAAGGAAAAAGAGCUUUACAUGAGUAUAACUGUGGAAAAUGACAAACUUCUUGUUGAGAGGAGAAGGCUACUAGAACAGCUAAACGAAGAGGAGCACAACAAGAAAGACAGUAAUCUGACAGCUACUUUGUCUAAAUGCAGGGUGGAUUUUCUGGAGAUGGAAAACAAGAAACUUGGCAACAAAAUACUCCAUAUGUCCAGUCAACAAGCUAUCCUGGAACGCAGCCUGCAGAACAUGCAGUCAUUUCACUUUGCUGAGGAACUGAAGAAAAUAUCUAAUCCUACACAGGUCCUAACAUCCCUCCAUUUGCCAGCUUCAAGUAUGAUGAUACCUGAGCUGCCAGAAAUUGCGGUUGAAUUGGAUAAAACUCAGCUCAAGCAGUCAAACGUGACGUCUCCCCCUCAGUGUCUCAUUUCUGGGCCCCUGUCUCGAUCAGCAGAGAUGGGCUACCUGAAUCUGACCUCCGCUCGGAGACGCUCAAACCACUCGUCUCCCCCGGCCACCCUUAGCAGCUCGCACAGUGCAUGUUGUUGAAAUUUUCUGUCAUACCUGCAACAUUGAUGUACUUUACAUUGAUAAAUAUAUUUGUAAAAAAAUUUGAUUAAUAAACUACAUUUUGCAUUA